AACAAAGAGAACAGAAAGAAUCUAGCAUAGAGUUUCAACAGUCAGUGAGACUAUAGUUGAGAAUCAGGUGAUUGUGGGAAUACGAUGCGAAUUCUACCAAUUAUCGGCAAAGGCUUGUGUCAAGCUGCAAGAAAUAUGUCGGAGUCGAACUGGAAGAAGGCAAGUUCGAUAUAUGAGUUCAAUGCUCUGGAUAUCGACGGAAACGACGUAAGCCUCAUAAAAUACAAGGGGCACGUUUGCAUCAUUGUCAACGUUGCCACCAAAUGAGGUGCAACCGAUCGCAACUAUCGCGAGUUAGUCAUGCUGUAUGAGAAGUAUGCAGAUUCGAAUGGACUUCGCAUUUUAGCAUUCCCAUGCAAUCAAUUUGGAAAUCAAGAACCGGGCUCUAAUGAAGACAUCAAGCAGUUCGUGCAAGGUAAAUAUGGUGUGAAGUUUGAUAUGUUUGCUAAGAUCAACGUUAAUGGUGAAAACGCUCACCCUUUGUGGAAGUACCUCCAAAUGAAAGAGUCUGGAUUCAUAGUCGAUGCAAUUAAGUGGAAUUUCUCGAAGUUCUUAAUUGAUAAGAAUGGCCAGCCAGUCAAACGAUACGCGACGACAACGAAUCCGCUUGCCAUGGAAGAGGACCUACAAAGACUAUUUGCUCAGACACCGCCAGAUUCUCCCGGAGGCUCUCGACCAACCACCGCAACCUCACAAGUCAACUCGGGGGAGUGCUCUAACGUCUGCUCUAUUACCACUACGCAAAAGAACAGGCAGAAGGCAGUGGUAGUCUGUGUGGCGAGUGAAGUGCGCACAAAGAUCGCCCAUGAAAAGAGAAAUGAUUCGUCUGUUACCGUGAGUAAACAAAGUAGAAACAAAGACGGAACAAUUCGUAGUCAUAAGAGGUGUAGAAGAGGAGCUGAAAAUCAACCAAUCGAGCUGCAAAAAACAUGUCGAGGCUUCGUUUGCAUCAUUGUCAACGUCGCCACCAAAUGAGGCUUAACUAACCGCAACUAUCGCGAAUUAGUUGCACUCAGCCAGAAGCAUGCGGACUCGAACGGACUUCGCAUUUUAGCGUUUCCAUGCAACCAAUUUGGAAAUCAAGAACCGGGCUCUAAUGAGGACAUCAAGCGAUUCGUGCAGGGUAAAAGCGAGGGAAAGUUUGACAUGUUUGCUAAGAUCAACGUUAACGGCGAAGACGCUCACCCUUUGUGGAAAUACCUUAAGAUGAAGCAGCCCGGAUUUUUGGUCAACGCAGUCAAGUGGAACUUUACGAAGUUCCUUAUUAACAAGGAAGGCGAGCCAGUCAAGCGAUACGGGACAACUACAAAUCCGCUCACUAUGGAAGAGGACUUAGAAAAGCUAUUUGCCCAGUAAUUGGCCUGGAUGUCCUCGGCUGACCACCUAAGCCUCGUAAGCCAAUUCAAGGGAGUACUGACAUGCUUGACUUUUUUCGUAGUCAAAUUACCAUUAUCACACAAAUCGGUAUUAGACGUCAGCAGUUAUGUUAUAUUUGGCACCACAUUUUCGAUUGGUGCACUUUUUUCAUAAAAAGGUUGAAAUAAAAAAUGGUCAUUCUGGUGAGAUGCCUAGGCAUCGGAAAUUGGUAACGUAUCAGCAUUAUUUAUUGGAGCUCAGAUAAUGAAGAACUCUUUUAAAAACCUGUUAAGGUGGAAGUUUUCGGAUGCAAAUGAGGCGCAAUAAAUCGAGCUGAUAUGAAAAACAUGUAUCUUUAUUGUAGUACUAGUGGAGACGUUUGAUUUUAUUGAUAUUUGUCGCGUAUUAAAGUCGAAGAGGUUUCGUGGAUUCAUAAUAAAAUAGCUGCAAAAUCA